CAAAGUGGAGAGAACCGCCAACCAGAACCAUCUCUUAUCCUCGCUGGUGGAAUCCACUCCCCCCUGAAAAACUCUACCAAUUUCUUCGAGUCUAUAUGUGAUCCGUCGAUUGAUCAGCUAGGGUUUUAGUCUCCUUAUUCACAGUGUUGAAUUGAAUUGAAUUUUUUUUAACUCAAGUGCAAUAGACUUCAGCGGAUAUGGGGAGCCCUAAGAAGAACCAGAACAAAGGUUUCUUCGCAUCGAUGACGUCGGGUUUGUCGAUGUUCGGCAACGCCCUGCAUAGAUCCGUCAACGGAAUGCUUGGAUAUGAAGGAUUGGAGGUUAUAAAUCCCGAAGGAGGUAAAGAAGAUGCAGAAGAGGAAGCACAAAGAGGAAGAUGGGAACAGGAGGAACGAGAUAGUUACUGGAGGAUGAUGCAGAAGUACAUUGGAGCUGAUAUCACAUCGAUGGUGACACUUCCUGUUCUUAUAUUUGAGCCAAUUACCAUGCUUCAAAAAAUGGCGGAGUUAAUGGAAUACUCCCACCUUUUAGAUAAGGCAGAUGAAUGUGAGGAUCCCUACAUGCGGUUGGUCUAUGCAACAUCUUGGGCAAUAUCUGUUUACUAUGCCUACCAACGCACAUGGAAGCCUUUUAACCCAAUUCUUGGUGAGACUUAUGAAAUGGUGAAUCAUGGUGGGCUUACAUUUAUUUCUGAGCAGGUGAGUCAUCAUCCUCCAAUGAGUGCUGGGCAUGCUGAAAAUGAGCAUUUCAUAUAUGAUAUUACAUCAAAGUUGAAAACCAAAUUCUUAGGGAACUCCCUUGAUGUCUAUCCUGUCGGAAGAACACGUGUGACUCUUAAAAGAGAUGGUGUUGUCUUGGAUUUGGUUCCACCACCCACGAAGGUCAACAAUUUAAUUUUUGGUCGGACUUGGGUGGAUUCACCUGGAGAAAUGAUCAUGACCAAUAUGACUACUGGGGACAAAGCUGUGCUCUAUUUUCAACCGUGUGGUUGGUUUGGGGCUGGUCGAUAUGAGGUUGAUGGAUAUGUUUAUAACGCUGAUGAGGAACCAAAAAUACUGAUGACUGGAAAAUGGAAUGAAUCAAUGAGUUAUCAACAAUGUGACAUGGAAGGCGAGCCUCUUCCCGGCACAGAACUUAAGGAGGUUUGGCGAGUAGCCCCUGUUCCAGAAAAUGAUAAAUUUCAGUACACUCACUUUGCUCACAAAAUCAACAGCUUUGAUACUGCUCCAAAAAAGUUAUUAGCAUCUGAUUCUCGUUUGCGCCCUGAUAGAGCUGCACUUGAAAUGGGCGAUAUCUCCAAAGCAGGUGCCGAAAAAAGCAGUUUGGAAGAUAGGCAAAGAGCUGAAAAGAGAAACCGGGAAGCAAAUGGGCAUCAGUUCACACCAAGAUGGUUUGAUUUUACAGACGAAAUUAAUCCAACUCCGUGGGGAGAUUUGGAAAUUUACAGCUACAAUGGCAAGUACACUGAACAUCGGUCUACUGUAGAAGCCUCAGGCAGCAUUGAUGUAGAUGACCCCCGGUCAGUGGAGUUCAAUCCAUGGCAAUAUGGUAAUUUGUCCGAGUGAGGGAAGAUCAAAGUUUUGGAUGCAUAGGUGGAGCUCUCUUAUAAGGGCACUGGGGCUUUCUUCUGUGUGGAAUAGAAUUAUCUGUUGUCUGUGUUUGGUGUACAUUUGUAUCCCCAUAUACUAGAUUUAUGUUGCUCCCUCUUCUUGGCAAGUUGCAGUUUCACUUUUAGCUGAUAUUAGCAAGCUAUCUCUCUGCAAGAUAAUCUAUAUGAUUCUAAGUUUCCUCAUUCUCCACCUUAAGUUCAUUAUGAUUCCUCCAAUACUAUCUUGCAAGGAAAGUGCUGCUUUCCCAAGCUUUUGUAUCAAAUAUAUCUCAAAAGAUUUGAUUUAUGAUUAGUGUCACCAAACUUUUGUGCUAAA